ACUGGUAGGACCAGCAGAGGUAGAACAUCCGAAUCACUCCGCUCCCCUCCUCUGGAGUCCUGCCGGACGGACGAACCGAACCGGGCGGACCGACGGUGCCAGAUGAGCUGGGCUCGGUCCGAGCAGGAAAGCAUGAGGAUUUGUUUACGCACGCUGCAGAGAUCCGAGCUGCGCCGCUGUCUCCGCGUCUCUGCGCGUUGGUGCUGCUGAAGUGGAAGUGGGUCAUGCGGACCCGCUGGAGGAGCGGAAGAUAAACACGCAGCGUCCCCCCGGUGCUGCCUGGCAGGUUGAAGCGGUGGGCGCCGCUCACAGAACCGGCUCCCCGUCCCGCGUCUCUGCGUCAGGCUCCACGCGUGGCUUUGAUUCAUCCCGAGAAAGUGCCAAACGGAAGGGACGCAAGUGGGCAAGACAGUGACUGCAACCUCUAGCCUCUUUCUUUUUUCUUUUUUUUAUUCCUAAGAAAUAAAUCGCUGUUUGAAAGCGAAGGUCCAACUGUCGGUUCGGAGCAGGAGCGCGUUUAUCCAAGCGCAGCGGCUCUGCUCACCGAGCGGAUGCAGGACCAUGGAGGAGAGCGACAGGUCGCCAGCAGCGUGCCGCAGACGGUCAAGGCGAGCCUGUCCCUUUCUCCGUCCGGGCCGGGGCGGGCGGGCAGCGGCGGGGGGUCCCCCACGUCCAAAACGGCCUUCUGCGGGGGGGUGCCGGUGGAGGACAUGCAGGCGCUGGCCAUCACCUCGCUGUCCGCAGCAGAUGUAGCCAAACAGUACGAGCACAUCCGGGAGCUGGGGAAGGGCACGUACGGCAAGGUGGACCUGGUGGCGCACAGGAGCCAGGGCACCAAAAUAGCGCUGAAGUUUGUCACCAAGAGCAAGACGAAGCUGAAGAGUUUCCUGCGGGAGUACAGUUUAACGGGUUCCCUCAGCUGCAGCCCCUUCAUCAUCAAAGUCCUCGACGUGCUGUUUGAGACGGAGGACAGCUACGUGUUUGGACAGGAGUACGCGCCCGCCGGGGACCUUUUCGACAUCAUACCGCCGCAGGUGGGUCUGCCGGAGGAGAUGGUGAAGCGCUGCAUGCAGCAGCUCGGUCUGGCUCUGGACUUCAUGCACAGCAAGAACCUGGUGCACCGCGACGUCAAGCCCGAGAACGUGCUCCUGUUCGACCGGGAAUGUCGGCGCAUCAAGCUGGCCGACUUCGGCAUGACGCGACGCGUGGGCUGCCGCGUGAAGCGGGUGAGCGGCACCAUCCCCUACACGGCGCCGGAGGUGUGCCGCGCCAACCGGGCCGAGGGUUUCCUGGUGACCACCAGCAUGGACGUGUGGGCGUUCGGCGUGCUGGUCUUCUGCAUGCUCACGGGCAACUUCCCCUGGGAGGCGGCCAUGGCGGCCGACGCCUUCUACGAGGAGUUCCGCCGCUGGCAGAAGGCCGGCUGCCCCGUGGGGACGUACCCGUCUCAGUGGCGCCGCUUCACCGACGACGCCCUGCGCAUGUUUCAGAGGCUGCUGGCCGCCGAGCCGGAGAAACGCUGCGGCGUCAAGGACGUCUUCUGCUUCAUCAAGUACGAGCUGGUGAGCGAGCUGCGGCGCCGGGCGUCCUACAGAGCCAAGCGAGGCGAGAGGUCCAGCUCCGGCGUGUGCACCGGCAGCUGCACCUCCCGGUCCUCCUUCAGACACCAGGAGCCGUCCACCCCGCCGGGAACCUCCUGCCUCCGCCCGGCGCCGCUGAAACGCAGCGUCCUCUCCGACCCGCUCUCUCCCAGAGAGGAGUCCGGACAGCACCAGACUCCGGGCCGGGACAAGAACAAAAGCCAGAUGGUGAUGGCGACGGCCAUAGAAAUCUGUGUUUGAGCACGCCGGUGUGAGCGGACGGCGUUAAGGACUUCCACAGAGACACGGUGAAACCUGAAGAGAGAAGCUCAGGGUCCGGCCCCCAUGCGGGGGGGGUAAUGGACACCAUCAAUCAGUGGCACGCACUCCGACUGCCUGUCAAUGAAAUUCAAUUCCCUUUAGGAUUUGAUUUGUGACCAAAGACUGCUUGGCGAGCAGAGAAGCCCUGCAGGCAGCAGCGUUUAGGUUCUGGGUCUCUGUGGUGCUGCUGAUUGCUCUGAAGUCAGAUCGGCCCCAGGAACCUCGCCCUUUACUCGUCCACAGCAACUUUUCUCACACUGUGUCACGUCACGGCCACAGAGCUUAGCGUAGUUAGCGUAGCAUCCCCACACCAUGAUGCCGCCACCACCGUGUGGACGUGUGCGCUCUGUCGCCCUGGUGAAGACACGCUGUGGUCUGGACGUGACACGAUGUGAAGAAGAGCUGCGGGUGUGAAUAUUUCUGCAGGGCAACAUUCAGCUGGAGUAAAUUGGGUAAAUGGGUCAGGGUUGCCUUUUGCACGCCAUUUCUGAGACUUCCUGUUGACUUCCAGUGCAGAAACAAAACCCAGACUUUCUCAAGAGACAGAAUUAUAAAAACUAAUAUAUAUAUAUAUGAAUGACAAAUUAAACCCUUGAUGUAGCAGUUGGGACGAGGCGGGUCUUUAUGACGGCGUUUAGACUCGAGAGACGGAUUCUCAGUGAUAAGAAUCAACUCAGGACACUUCAGCGGAAAACUUCCUGUUUAAUUCACGGAGACGCAUCUGGCGCCUUUGAGACGCUGGAAACCGCGCGGAUGUUGCUCUCUCCGGAUGAAAGGCGUGAACAAGAGGAAGGUGGAGACAUUUUCUUCAGCGUGUGUGUGUGUGUGUGUGUGUGUGUGUGUCUAAGUUUGAAAAGCACAAGAUCUUUUUUAUUAUUAUUAUUAUUAUUAUUUGUAAAGGUUAAUUGCUAUUAGAGAAAUCUCUGACUCUGAAGUUGUACAUAAGUGGAUGUUUGCAGGAGUGCACCAUAUAAUCAGGUAGUUCCAUGUAGCCGGACUCUUUUUCUACAGCAGUGAAGGCUUUCUCCAGUCCAUGGUGUCUAUGUAGCAACAAAACGAUGGCGUUAAACCGACCGUCGUCUAUAAAAAUAUGUAGAAGCGUGAUCUAGAGCCAGCCGCGUAGAACAGGGCAGCGUCUUCCGUUACUUUUACCGGUUUCCUUUUUACACGGAUGUGACUCCAGCUCAGGAGCGCUGUUGAAACCAGAUAUUUACCGGUACCAAAGUAUCACUGUUUGAUAUUAAAUCAGGCUAAAGGCUUGAUUAUUAUC